AUGGCAAAAUCCUCAUCUCCAUAUCCCUCUCCACCCUCGUCGACAUCUAAAACAAAGUCCCACCCACACCACCCACCCUCAUCCUCAUACUCAAGCACCCACAAAAUCCUCACGACACUCCUCUUCCCCACAACACAAAAACAUCAUACGAUUGGACGGGGUACACCAGGUCAAGGUAUUACACCUUGGAUGAAUAGUGGGAGAUUUACGGAUUUUGGGGGGGAGAAGGGGGAAAUUGGAUCAGGUGGAUCCGGAGAGUUUGACGAGUUUUUGUUGAGUGGGAGGGGGUUUGUGGGUGGGUUGCGUGAGAGUUGUGUGAGGGUUGAGGGAUGGGGAGGAGAAGGGAGGGAGUGGGAAUGGGAGUAA